CUCUCGGUCACAUCGUCUUCUUCCCUCCGCUGUAAUCUCUCUCUCUCUCUCUCCUCUGUGGGCGUCUGUGGUAUCCCGCCACCGCUGCAGCGGAAGGGGGGAAACAGACGACUUCAUUCAACUGAUCAGCCCUUCAAAAAGCAGACCUUAAUUUUUCCUUUCUUGGACAAACGAGGCCUCCCCGCAUGGCCGCUAGCGAUCGCCCGCCGGCGGUUUACUUCGACGACAAGUGGAAGCUGGCGCGGAAGGAGGCGGCGCCGUCGCGGGGCGGGAGGGCGGCGUCUCCACCGGCGUCGGCGUCGGCGUCGGCGUCGAGGUCGAGGUCGCCGUCGCAGAGAAGGUGCGCCUUCUCCAGGAGGUGCGCGAGGCUGGUGAGCGAGCAGAGGGCGAGGUUCUACAUCGUGAGGCGCUGCGUCACCAUGCUGCUCUGCUGGCGCGAGUACGGCGACUGACGGAUGGGUCCGCGCGCUCUCUGCUACCGUCGCUGUCAUCGAAAUACGUCCGCGGGCGAAGACUCCGAUGAUGAUUCGUACCUGGGUUCUUGAGAUCAGCCGGCCCUGAUCGUCGGUCUAACCAAAGGAAGGAUCUUUUUUCUUCUUCUUCUUCGUUUUUCGCAAGAUCUCGCGCCUGUCUUUUUUGCGCGACGGUUCUUGAUUGGGCUUUGAUCUGAGAACAAGAAGAAGACCCCUGUUUAGGUUUAGUUUCCGUUUCUUUUUUUUUUUUUUUUUUUUCCGUAGUGGCGUCCGAGGAAGAUAAAGAGUGGAGAUUUUGCGCAAUGCAUGUAGAGAUUUUCUCCCCCUCUCUUUUCUCGUUUUUCUCUUUUCGCUAAUCCAGUUCAAAUCUCGGGUUGAUGUUAGGGGCUUGGUUAGGAGAGGUGGAUGUAAGUGGUAUGUAACUUGGGAAAAUAAACGACUUUAAACCGCUGUGUAAAUGAUUCUUGGCUUCUUUCUGAUUC